CAGUGGUGCACUGUUUCUGCUGCCCCCGUUUACCUAAUUGGCCCAGGCGCUCCAUCAGAGCAAAGAAGCCCAAGAGCUCCUCGCUGGCCGCCCCCGCGGCCCGCAGCUCGGUAGAGGCGGGAAAGCAGCGCGCCUGCGCCGUGGGAACCGGGGCCGGAGGCGAAAAGCGGGGAGCGGAGGGGGGCCGUUGGAGCCGAGUAGCGUACAGAGCGGCGUGUGACGCGGGGACGCCGCGCGCUCCCAACGUCGCCCCGGUUUGACGCACACGGCACCAAACUGUCUGAUUCCCUGGCCUUUGUGUCCCUGGGAGCUUAAUCUCUGCCAGAGGAAAGCAGGUGUGCUCCACUUCUCCCGUGAACCUGAAGAUGAGUUGUCCCAGACCCUUCUCAGUGAUUGGAAACUUAGGUGGUGGAGCUAAAGGUUUCUUGUUACGAGACUUCCACAGACGACUCUCGUGUUGGGAUCCAUCCAUGGUUUAGCAACAUUAGUGGAAAACUUUUCUUGAACUGAGUAAUACUGACAUAAAUUUAGUUUUUAUAAAACUUUGAUGUCUAGACUUCAGAUUUUGUGUGGUCAUUAAGAAGUACUCAACAAGGGGGUAAACACAAUGAGGGCCUAAAUGAUGGUCCUGUUUUGUAUACAAGUCAAUAAUUACAACAGAAAUACCAAAACACCAUCAUCUCUUCUGGCCAUUUCCGACUAAUGCCAGUCUUGUUGCAUCUGGAUGAUAGAUUAGAUUUGCCUUAAUAGUAUAUUGCUUCUCUGCUGUAGUUUAGUUCCAUUUGUUUGGUCCAAGAAGAAGGACAGCAUUUCAAAAAAUAGACAACUCAAGUUACUCAAAGGAAACCUGCUCUUUGCCUUCAGUGUCGUGUAUAGGACAUCCUUUGACAAUUGAGAGAUGUUAGCAUGGAAAACAAAGUCCUGUGAGAUAACUUUCCAGGAGGAGAAAAGCAGAGGAUUUCAGGGAGAAGAAAAGAAGCAUGCCAGGACAGAAGCAGCAGCGCACACUUCCAAAUGGAGGAAAGUUUGAGUUAAUUUCGAAUGAGAUUGUUUUUGCAACGAGAUGUUAAUAAGACAAAAUCUAGACUAAAUGUGUUAAAUGGGCUUGCCAACAAUAUGGAUGAUGUGAAGAUAAACACCGAUAUUACUGGUGCUAAAGAAGAACUCCUAGAUAACAACAGUUUUAUCUCAGACAAAGAGAGUGGAGUUCAUAAACCAAAAGAUUGUCAAACAUCAUUUCAGAUAAAUAAUACGCUCACUCUGCCUGAAGAACUGUCAAAGGACAAAUCUGAAAAAGCCUUAAGUGGAGGCCAGUCUACUCUGUUUAUACAUGCUGGUGCUCCUACUGUUCCUAGUGAAAACUUUAUCUUGCCUAAAGGAGCUGCUGUUAAUGGACCAGUUUUACACUCCUCCUUAGCUAAGACUUCCAAUAUGAAUAAAGGCAGCGUUUCAUUAACCACUGGACAACCUGUGGAUCAGCCAACAACAGAAUCUUGUUCAACUUUGAAGGUGGCACCUGAUCUUCAACUAUCUACACCACAGAAAGCAAGUCAACACCAAGUUUUAUUUUUGUUAUCAGAUGUAGCACAUGCUAAAAAUCCAACCCAUUCCAUUAAAAAACUACCUACCUCUGCUUCCAUUGGUUGUGACAUUCAGAAUUCAGUAGGGAGUAGUAUAAAGUCAGAGAGCACUUUAAUAAGUCAAGUAGAGGUGGGUGAGGAUAGUGACGAUUUAUUGGUAAAAGAUGAUUGUGUCGAUACAUUGACAGGAAUUUCCUCAGGUACAGAUGAAUUUAGGUCAGAAAAUGACACAAACUGGGAUCCCCAAAAAGAGUUCAUUCAGUUUCUUAUGACUAAUGAAGACACAGUGGAUAAAGCUCCAGUUCACUCUAAAGUAGGUCUAGAGAAAAAGAGAAAGCGAAAAAUGGAUGUAAGCAAGAUUACUCGUUAUACUGAGGAUUGUUUUAGUGAUUCUAAUUGUAUACCCAAUAAGUCAAAAAUGCUAGAGGUAGACUUUCUGGAACAGAAUGAAGAACUACAAGCAAUAGACUCACAGAAAUAUGCAUUAUCAAAAGUGAAGCCUGAAUCAACUGAUGAAGACUUGGAAUCUGUGGAUGCUUUUCAGCAUCUAAUUUAUAACCCAGAUAAGUGUGGAGAAGACAGUUCACCUGUUCAUAGUAGCACUUUUCUUUCAAAUACCUUAAAAAAGAAAUGUGAAGAAAGUGAUUCCGAGUCACCUGCUACUUUCAGCACUGAAGAGCCAUCGUUCUACCCCUGUACAAAGUGCAAUGUGAAUUUUAGGGAGAAAAAGCACCUCCACAGGCAUAUGAUGUAUCAUUUAGAUGGGAAUAGCCACUUUCGCCAUCUUAAUGUCCCAAGGCCAUAUGCUUGUAGAGAAUGUGGACGGACAUUCCGAGAUCGUAACUCACUUCUAAAGCAUAUGAUUAUUCACCAAGAAAGAAGACAGAAGUUGAUGGAGGAAAUUCGUGAAUUGAAAGAACUUCAGGAUGAAGGAAGAAGUGCACGAUUACAGUGCCCACAGUGUGUGUUUGGUACCAAUUGCCCUAAGACAUUUGUGCAGCAUGCUAAAACCCAUGAAAAAGAUAAAAGGUACUACUGUUGUGAAGAGUGUAACUUCAUGGCAGUGACAGAAAAUGAAUUAGAAUGCCAUCGAGGCAUUGCCCAUGGAGCAGUGGUAAAAUGCCCUAUCGUCAGUUCUGAUGUAGCCCAGAGAAAAACGCAAAAAAAGACUUUCAUGAAAGAUUCUAUUAUAGGAUCAUCCAAAAAAUCAGCCACCUACAUAUGUAAGAUGUGUCCUUUUACUACUUCAGCUAGAAGUAUUUUAAAAAAACACGUGGAAUACUUGCAUUCAUCAUCAUGCAUUGAUUCAUUUGGUAGUCCUCUUGGACUUGAUAAAAGAAAAAGUGACGUUCUCGAAGAACCUAUCGAUAUUGAUAGCACUAAACCAUUAAUUAAACAACAGUCAACGACAUUUCCAAAGAACUCUGCUUUAAAACAAGAUGUAAAGCGAACAUUUGGAUCAUCCUCACAAUCAAGUAAUUUUUCCAAAUUCCAUAAGAGACCACACAGAAUACAAAAAGCUCGGAAAAGCAUUGCCCAGUCAGGUGUAAACAUGUGCAAUCAAAACAAUUCUCACAAGACUGUUAUGAUUAAAAGCAGCACUGACCAAAAACCGAAGUAUUUCCAUCAAGCAGCAAAAGAAAAAUCUAAUGCCAAGGCAAACAGCAACUAUUUAUAUAGACACAAAUAUGAAAACUACAGGAUGAUCAAAAAAUCAGGUGAAUCAUAUCCUCUACAUUUCAAAAAAGAAGAGCCCAGUUCAUUAAAUUCUUUACAUCUGUUCUCGUCAUCAGGUAAUUCUCACAACAAUAGUUUCAUUUCAGACCCUCAAAACUCUGACACCAAAAGGCCGGAAAGCUUCAAAGAACACAGGCGUGUAGCUGUAAAGAGAGUAGUUAAGGAGUCUAAGAAGGAAAGUUCUGUUGGAGGAGAAGACUUGGAUAGCUAUCCAGAUUUCUUGCAUAAAAUGACUGUUGUUGUUCUGCAAAAACUUAAUUCCGCUGAAAAGAAAGAUAGCUAUGAAACAGAAGAUGAAAGUUCCUGGGAUAAUGUUGAGCUAGGUGACUACACUACACAGGCUAUAGAAGAUGAAACCUAUAAUGAUAUUAAUCAAGAACAUGUAAACUUAUUCCCGCUGUUUAAAAGCAAGGUGGAAGGUCAAGAGCCCGGAGAAAAUGCUACCCUUAGUUAUGAUCAAAAUGAUGGCUUUUAUUUUGAAUAUUAUGAAGAUGCUGGAACUAAUAACUUUUUGCAUGACAUACAUGAUCCUCAGCAUUUAGAAAAUGCGGAAACUUCAUUGUCAAAGCAUAGUUCUGUUUUUCACUGGACUGAUUUGUCUCUUGAGAAGAAAUCAUGUCCUUACUGCCCAGCAACAUUUGAAACAGGUGUUGGAUUGUCAAAUCAUGUCCGAGGACAUCUUCACAGAGCUGGACUAAGCUAUGAAGCCCGACAUGUUGUAUCACCAGAACAAAUAGCCACAAGUGACAAAAUGCAACAUUUCAAAAGAACUGGCACAGGGACACCUGUUAAGCGAGUUAGAAAAGCUAUAGAGAAGUCUGAAACCACUUCUGAACACACUUGUCAGCUCUGUGGUGGUUGGUUUGAUACUAAAAUUGGAUUAUCGAAUCAUGUUAGAGGCCAUCUGAAAAGACUUGGAAAGACCAAAUGGGAUGCUCACAAAUCUCCAAUCUGUGUUCUGAAUGAGAUGAUGCAAAAUGAAGAAAAAUAUGAAAAGAUCUUGAAAGCAUUGAACAGUCGUCGUAUUAUUCCCAGACCAUUUGUAGCUCAAAAACUUGCAUCAAGUGAUGACUUUCUAUCUCAAAAUGUUAUACCUCUUGAAGCAUACCGUAAUGGCCUAAAGACUGAAGCUUUAUCAGUGUCUGCAUCAGAAGAAGAAGGGCUGAGUUUCUUAAAUGAAUACGAUGAAACAAAACCAGAACUACCCAGUGGAAAAAAGAAUCAGUCUCUUACACUGAUAGAACUGCUUAAAAAUAAAAGGAUGGGAGAAGAAAGGAAUUCUGCUAUGUCUCCUCAAAAAAUUCAUAAUCAAACUGCAAGGAAGAGAUUUGUUCAGAAGUGUGUUCUUCCAUUAAGUGAAGACAGUCCGUUGAUGUAUCAGCCACAAAGGAUGGAUUUGACUAUGCACUCAGGUAUGCCUGUGAAGCUUAGAACAUGUGUGCAUUGCAAUACGACGUUUACAAGUGCUGUUAGCCUGUCCAACCACUUACGCGCUUAUGCACGAAAGAAGAGUGCUGGACUUUUGACUGGUACAGCCUUAGAUUGUAAGCAAAAGAAAUCAAGGUCAAGAUCUGGAAGCAAGAAGAAGAUGCUGUCAUUACCUCAUGGUGCUGACGAGGUUUACAUUCUCCGAUGCAGGUUUUGUGGCCUAGUCUUUCGUGGACCACUGUCUGUUCAGGAAGACUGGAUUAAGCACUUACAACGACACAUUGUAAACGCUAAUCUUCCACGGACUGGAGCUGGCAUGGUGGAAGUCACGUCACUACUUAAAAAGCCUGCCUCCAUUACAGAAACUUCAUUUUCUCUACUAAUGGCAGAAGCAGCUUCAUAGAACAAGGAAACCUUUUAAAUAGCAAAUUUAAAUUGGAUGUAAAUUUGAAAUUCUUUGUCUUU